CGCGCGCGCAUCCUUCGUAGCACUACCGCCCUGAGCGUACAUAUAGUGCUAAAUCACGAACAAUAUCGAUGAGGUUGAACGAACUCUGAAACAGUGUUUUAUUUGAGCUAAGGGCCGUGAUUAAUUUAUCACGACGGCUCGCUGGCCGAUCGAUCACACGCGCUGGUGACAUUGGGACGAUAAACCAGAUCCUCUUCCCAAUAAAUUAUUUAUGCUCAUUAAUCGCGAUGAACGCCCGGGACAUUCCUGAUCGUAAUUCAUGUAUGACGUGUUAAUCUGUCGGGAUAAUUGAAUAACUUUUGGAUAAGUGACUGUGCGAUGGAGACUCUGGUGCUGAUCCCUCAGGAGUUGAGCCUGGCGUUGCGACCAGGGGGUGCGAGAGGUCGGGAAGCUUCCGUCAGCGUUUGGUCUUCCACAGAAAUUCAGAGAGGGGCUUUGCUGUAUCCAUUCCAAGGGACGAUAAGAAUAGAUAAGCUACAUGUUUACUCCUACGUGCCUGACCAUGAUAUCCGGCACAGAUUUGGACUUUUUGAUGAGGUGUGCACGUCUGGUGGUGUCCAGGUGCGACAUUGUAACUGGGUCAGGUUUCUGAGGGUAUCUGAAAAUUAUGGACCACAGGUAAAUCUAGUGUGUACCAAAGUCAAGGGUGAACCUGUGUACGAAGCGGUGAAGCCUGUUUCCACUCACACUGAGCUGGUUGUCUACUAUCUACCUGAGAGACCUGAAGAAUUGUUCUUUGUCAGAAUGAGGAAUAAUUUAUAUAGGCAAACAAUGGACUCUAUUUUGGAAGAUUCACCUUUAGACUUAUCCACGUCUCUUCUUUCGCGAGUACUUUUACCAAUAUCACCGCCUUCAGGACCAGACGAUGAACAUAAAUCUGUAUCAGGAGACUCACUUACAUCAUCUUCAAUCGCUUCUUCAUCAGAUUUAUUAGAAAUGACUCCAAAAAUCCAAAGACGACCAGCUAAGUCUGAACGGGCUUUAUUGCCGUGUGAAGUUUGCGGUAAAGCCUUUGAUAGACCGUCGUUAUUGAAGCGACAUAUGAGGACACAUACCGGUGAAAAACCACACGUUUGCAUGGUCUGCAAUAAAGGGUUUAGCACGUCAAGUAGUCUGAACACUCAUAGAAGAAUACACUCAGGAGAGAAACCACAUCAAUGUCAACACUGCGGCAAGCGAUUUACUGCGAGCUCCAAUCUAUACUACCAUAGAAUGACACAUAUAAAGGAGAAACCUCACAAAUGCAGUCUGUGCUCCAAGUCGUUCCCAACUCCUGGAGACCUCAAGUCUCACAUGUACGUACACAGUGGAUCCUGGCCUUACAAAUGUCACAUAUGCUCCAGAGGAUUCUCCAAACACACGAACCUGAAGAACCAUCUCUUUCUGCAUACUGCUAAACAUCAAAGAAAUGCUGCAAAGGAAGCGACUUGAAAUCUCAAACAUAAAAUUCUUCUAAAUUUUAUUGAAAAUCAUAUAUACAAAGUAAACAUAUGUACAAAGUAUAUUAUAAAUAAUAUAAACAAAGUGUGAUAUUAGAUUAUAUUUUAAAUUGUAAGAGUAAAUUAUUUGUUGAACUAUUUUAUUAGAUUUAAGAGUGAGUUAUAUAAAUGAGUUCUUAUGAUCACCGCACAACAAUGUGUUAUGGCGGUAGAUUUUAAAUAAUUUGUUUGCGUAACGAUUUUUGAUCAUCAUUAUUCUAGUUUUACAAUUUGGUCUAAUCUUUCCUUUAUACCAAUGGAUAAGUAUAUUCUACAGGAUUGUAGGUAUUUGUUGCUCUGGCUUGAACAACGUAGAAUAAUUCAAACUUUAAACUCUUUGAUCAGUGUUUAACACCAUGUUAUGGCAAUAUAUUUAAAUAUUUUGUUUGCGUAUAAUUUUUUGCAAUUUGUUCUUACCUCUCGUUUGGAUAAGUGUAUUCUACAAGUUUGUAUGUAUUUGUUGAUACGGCUAGAUCAAAGCUUUCUAUCAUCAUUUUGAAAGUCUUGACAAGUUUUAUAUUUUUAUAUAAAACGUGUACUGCAUUAUUUUGCCAACUUUGUUGGCGCGUACGACAAGAAAACUGCAUCUUUUUUAAAUGUUGCAAUCAGCAAAUUUGACUAUAGGUUGGAUUCAGGGAAAAUUUGAAACUUCUUUGAAUGACUGAUCGCAAAAAAUACAUCACCAAUUUUCAUCUUUAAACGAGAAACUCUUGUAUAUAUAUAGUCUGAAUCUCGGAAACGGCUCCAACGAUUUUCAUAUAAUUUAGUGUAUACUAUAUAUAUAUAAGAAUAUAUAGAAAUCGAUCUAGCUAGGAUUCUUUUAAAAAAAAUAGUUUUAUAUCCGUGUUUUGAUGAGAAACAGCUACAAUAACAUUAGAAUACAAAAGUAAAUUUCGCCACUAUAUACAAGACUAUAAUAGCUCAGAUGGGAUGAUCAUUGGGUGAUCCGGAAAGCAGAAGAUCCCGGUUCGAAUCUAGUUGUCCUGUUAGUUUUUUUAUUCAGGUUUUGUACCUUCUUAAAAAUCCGAGCAAGGCUCGGUCGUCCAGGUAUCUAUAUAUAUAUUAGAGAUUUGCGGCUAUGCACGAUAUCUCUGGAACCAUAGUAGAGACUUGAAAUUUGGUAACAAUAAUUUCUUUCGCCGAGUAGAGGUCCGCUAAGAACGGAUUUUACGAAAUUCCUCCCGCAAGAGUUUUUUUUAUUAUUAUGAACAUAUAAACUUCUAUCGGGUCAGCUAGUUAUUUAUAUUAUAACAAAUAUGUUAUAGAAUUUGGCUGGCUUUUGAAUUGUAAAUAUAUUUAAAAGAAAUCUUUUGGAAGUUUUGGCGAUGUCGUAUGACUAAGUUAUGUGUAAAUAUAAUUAAUAUAACCUACAUAGUAUUAUGUAGAUUCGUUCUUAUUAUCAACAUUACAUUUGUAUGUUGUGAAUCCGU